AGGUGACCCGGUGCAGGUGUUGUGUUGUUCCCGUCUCUAAACCUCAGAAUCAGCUGGAAUAACUGAAAUCACUCACUUUAACAGGUCGUGUUCAAACUCCUCACCUGAUGAAAUGCCUCGAUCAUUUCUAGUGAAGAGUAAGAGGGCGGGGCAUCACUCCUCACGCUCCGUCCACUCACAGAUUCAACAGCAUGAUGGACAGGUGUCCAGCUGUCACUCAGAGGCGUUAGAACAGCGGCCCGGUUCACCUACUGACAGCGAAACCAAGCGUUCAUCACUGUACUGGACCAAAAACAGCUCUGAUGCUGAACACUGGAACUCCACUGCAGUGCAUCAGUGUGGUGUCUAUCAGCCGUCUCACUCUGAGCUGUCGGCCUCUUCUGUUGCUGUGGAGAGAGAGACAGAUCUGGAGCGUCUGAUUCAAGCGUUACUCAGUCACCAUCAGCUGAUGAACGCUCAGACGCCACUGCGUGAGUGUCCGCUCUGCGAGAAGCUCUUGUCAUCUGAGGUGGGUUUGGCAUCUUAUUUGCGCAAGUCACGUGACAACAAGCCUGCUCUCCCAUUGGAUGGCUCCACAGGCCACGUCCAGCAGCAAUAUUCGUACCGACCUCCAGGAAUUCUCAGGGUGAAGGAGAGGAGUUUUGGCUGUAAGAUUUGUGGGAAGGUUUUUAAGCGAUCGUCGACUCUGUCCACACACCUGCUGAUUCAUUCAGACACAAGACCGUUCCCCUGUCCGUACUGCAGCAAGAGAUUCCACCAGAAAUCUGAUAUGAAGAAACAUACGUUUAUACACACAGGUGAGAAGCCUCAUGUGUGUGUGGUGUGUGGAAAAGCGUUCAGUCAGAGCUCGAAUCUCAUCACACACAGCAGGAAACACAGCAGCUAUCAGCCGUUCAGUUGCUCUCAAUGCACACUCAGUUUCCAGAGGAGAGCUGACCUGCAGCACCACCUACAGACACACACUGAGAACAACAACGGACUCUACCAGGGGACCUGAGAGAAGACAUUCAGCA